AGACAGAUCUCUCAUUACAAAUUACAAACAAAGAAACAAACAGAACACACUUCGAUCAUACAAACCUUUCUUUUUCUGUGAAAUGGCACUAGCGAUCAACGUUUCUUCAUCAUCUUCAUCUGCUAUCUCAACCUCUAGCUUCCCUUCUUCAGACCUCAAAGUUUCAGCUCCACGGAUCGGUUCGUUGAGGUUAUCGGAACGUGUCAAUGUCUCAUCAGCGUCUCUGAGUCUAUCCGGGAAACGAUCAUCAUCGGUGAAGCCUCUGAAUGUUCAGUCAUUUACAAAGGAGUCCUUUGUUCCUUCUCAAGCAGCAUCAUCCAUGGUGGCUUCUGAGAAACUAGAUGUGGUGGAAGUGGAAGACUUUGAGGAGCUAGCAAAGAGUCUAGAGACUGCUUCUCCUCUUGAGAUCAUGGACAAGGCUCUUGAGACAUUCGGAAACGACAUCGCAAUCGCCUUUAGUGGAGCUGAAGACGUUGCUCUCAUCGAGUACGCUCAUUUAACCGGAAGACCCUUCAGGGUCUUCAGUUUAGACACAGGGAGGUUGAACCCCGAAACGUACAGACUCUUCGACACCGUGGAGAAGCACUACGGUAUUAGGAUCGAGUACAUGUUUCCCGAUGCUGUCGAGGUCCAAGCUCUUGUUAGGAACAAGGGUUUGUUCUCUUUCUACGAAGACGGUCACCAGGAGUGUUGCCGUAUCAGAAAGGUGAGACCUUUGAGGCGUGCGUUGAAGGGGUUACGAGCUUGGAUCACUGGACAGAGGAAAGAUCAGUCGCCAGGGACAAGGUCUGAGAUUCCCGUUGUUCAGGUUGAUCCGGUGUUUGAAGGGCUAGACGGUGGAGCUGGUAGUUUGGUGAAGUGGAAUCCUGUUGCGAAUGUGGAAGGGAACGAUGUUUGGAGCUUCUUGAGGACUAUGGAUGUUCCUGUCAACACGCUUCACGCUGCGGGGUAUGUUUCCAUCGGGUGUGAGCCGUGCACGAGAGCGGUUUUGCCUGGUCAGCACGAGAGAGAAGGGAGGUGGUGGUGGGAAGACGCCAAGGCUAAAGAGUGUGGACUUCACAAAGGGAACAUCAAGGAGAACAGCACAGCUAGUGUGAAUGGGACAUCAUCAUCAUCUUCCACGGUUGCUGAUAUCUUCAAAAGCGAGAAUGUGGUGAGCUUGAGCAGGCAAGGGAUUGAGAAUUUGAUGAAGCUGGAGAAUCGUAGAGAGGCUUGGAUCGUUGUGCUUUAUGCACCUUGGUGCCCGUUUUGUCAAGCGAUGGAAGGUUCGUUUGAUGAGUUGGCGGAUAAGUUGGGUGGGAGUGGCGUGAAGGUGGGUAAGUUCAGAGCUGAUGGUGAUCAAAAGGAGUUUGCUAAAAGGGAGUUGCAGCUUGGGAGCUUCCCGACGAUACUUGUGUUCCCAAAGAACUCUUCGAGACCAAUCAAGUAUCCAUCAGAGAAGAGAGAUGUUGAUUCUCUGACCUCGUUCUUGAAUCUAGUUCGGUAAAAAAAAAUCCGUCGACUUUACAAAACACAUUCAGUCUAGUUCUAGAAUGUUAGAACAGAUGAAGAAGAAGAGCUUGAGAAUCUUUCUCUAUUGAAAGCUUUUUUACUUUUGUAUAGUUGUGGUCCACCAAAACUUAUCCUUUUGUAAAACUUUUGCAUUUGUGAUGAUAUGAGCAAGUUUUCAAACAUCAA